CAAGGCAGGGGCUUCGAAUGAGAAGCUGGGGAGGAGAUUUAACUUUUUUAUUAUGAUCAUUAUAAAGGAGUCCAUUAUUAUUGCACAUGUUGCCUGACCUUUACUCUUUUUCUUCCUUUUCGCUUUUCUCUUGCUUACUAAUUGUCUUUUCUUUUCCCUUCCUUUUAAUAUUAUUUUACUACCAGUUAUUUUAUAUAAUUCUUCAUUAGGGUCGCCUUUUGCAGAUAAAAGAGAAGAGAACAAAAAACUUUUAAUUGCUGCUAUAUUAUGAAACCACCGACCAUUAGCUCAUGCGUUCUGUUAUUACUACUGGUGUUACAAUUCGCUGAUCGAGGCAAUACUGCACCGCAACUAGGGCUCGUACCAGGACUUGGUUCAGGGAACGAACCCGCAGUUUCACCCACACCACCACAAGCAUCCUCGUCGGAUAUCGCAGUUCCCCCCGCGAGUUCAGAUCCUCCCCCACUGUCGUCCGUUCCGGCCACGACAGCACCGUCCACGCAACCACCAACGACCGCACCAACUCAAAGUAAUAAUAAUCCAAUUCCACCGGUUGUUCCCAGCCCUGCUCCGUCCAACAAUCCUUCACCUGAUAAACCUUCCUCCAACGGUAAUCCGCCAACGUCGCCUACUUCUGCUACGCCUAAUAAACCUGCGCCAUCCAAUAAUGAAGACCGUCCCACUGACAAGAACAUUAUUCACCCAACCAAACCAUCCGGUAAACAAGACCCCUCGGCCACAGACACAUCUUCCAACGAUACCGAAGGGCAAAACACUUCUUCUCCCAGCGCGUCGUCUUCAACGAAAUCAAAGCCGGAGAAUAACGGUGAUAAAUCCAAUAUAGCUACCAUUGCAGGUUCAGUGGUCGGCGGUUUGGUGGGUUUAGCUCUGAUUGCUGGCUUUUUGACGUGGCUUAAUCGUCACGGCGGAUGUGCUAGUCGUACUCGGCGACGAAACAAGCAUGGCUUUGAACCACAGAAUGACGAUUUUGCUAUUGGUAUGACGGAAAAUGCUGUACCCAAGUUACAGCAGCCACCGGUUGGAGGUAACCAAGGUCUGGACCCUGUUCCUCCUUCCCCAUUUCAACACGCGCGACGAUUUGUGCCAACACCGACUAACCCAGCUGGGUAUAUGAACUUGACAGAUGAUGAGUACACCAGUGCUUAUCACACCAAUUCGACACCCUUGAUCUCACCGCAUAUACAACAUCAAGAUAUGUACCAUGCGUCUCCUGAAAUGUACCAACAACAUUACUCUCCUUAUCAACCACCUGCUGCAUUGGCCGCAGCGCCCAUGGAAACAUGGUCAGCUCAACAUCAACCGCAACCAUACCUUGCGCAAUCCAUGAAACCCGAUACGGUGGAGCACAAGCCAAAUGCAGUUUAAGCGCGUCCUCCAACUUUGUUUAUCUCUAUUAUUUGUUAUUUUACUUAUCCAUGAUAGAACUCUGGCAUCCAAUAAAUACCCUCAUCUUUCUUUUUU